AUGGUUACCAAGAGCGGAUUUGGAAAAACUUCCAAGCGGGUUCCCGUCCGCCUGAGGCACAAGAUUGAAAAGUCUGCAGUUCAGAAGCAGAAGAAGCAAAAGAAGCUCGCAAAGAAGAACCCGGAAUGGCGGUCAAAAAUCAAGAAGGAUCCUGGCAUUCCCAAUCUCUUCCCCAACAAGGACAAACUUCUCCAUGACAUUGAAGAGCGCAAGCGCAAGAAGGCAGAGGAGCAACAGCGCAUCCGCGAUGAGGCACGAGCCCGCAAGGCCGAAGGCGCGCCCGCAAAGCAAGGCGUCGAGGGUGUUGAAAUUGAUGAGAACGACAUGCUAGAUGAUGAUAUGGACACCGACGGCAACGACUCAAACCCCAUGGCCGCUCUUCUCGCUUCAGCACGGGCCCGCGCUGAGGAAUACGAUGUCAAUCAAAGUGAAGAUGAAGACGACGAGAUGGACGAAGAUGAGGACGAUGACGAUGAGAUGGACGAGGAUGAUGAUGAGGAGGGUGGUGCUAUGGUUGACGAUUCUGCCCCGCCGCUGGUUAAUUCAAAGUCUUUCUCAAAGGAGAGCUCACGACGCCAAUUCGACAAGGUGUUCAAGCAGGUCACCGACAAUGCCGAUGUCGUGUUGUACGUACUUGAUGCCCGCGACCCCGAGGGCACCCGCUCCAGGGAAAUCGAGCGCGAGAUCAUGGCCGCAGAUGGUGGAAACAAGCGAUUGAUCCUCAUCUUGAACAAGAUCGACCUGAUUCCCCCGCCAGUCCUCAAGGCCUGGUUGAUCCACCUGCGCCGCUCCUUCCCCACUCUCCCUCUUAAGGCCUCCAGUGGCGCCGCCAACGCACACAGCUUCGACCACAAGCAGCUGACGGUCAAGGGUACCGCGGAUACGCUCUUCCGUGCUCUUAAGUCAUACGCCGGCGCCAAGCAGCUGAAGCGAUCCAUCUCGGUCGGUGUCAUCGGAUAUCCCAACGUCGGCAAGUCGUCCGUCAUCAACGCACUUACCGCACGUUUGAAUAAGGGCUCGAGCAACGCAUGCCCGACCGGCGCCGAGGCCGGCGUUACCACCAGUCUGCGCCAGGUCAAGCUGGACAACAAGCUCAAGCUGAUCGACUCACCCGGAAUUGUCUUCCCUGGCUCCAGUGAGAAGACCAACAAGAAGAACAAGAAGCAGGAAGAGCAAGCGCGUUUGAUUCUUCUCAACGCUGUCCCGCCCAAGCAGAUUGAGGAUCCCAUCCCCGCAGUCAAUCUUUUGCUGAAGCGUCUAUCCGCAUCGGAGACCCUCAUGAACAAGAUGCUCGAGAUGUACGGCAUCACUGCCCUCUUCCCUGGUAACGGCGACAAGACCACCGACUUCUUGGUGCAGGUUGCUCGCAAGCGCGGCCGUCUCGGCAAGCGCGGUGUUCCCAAUAUUGAGAGUGCUGCCAUGACUGUUAUCAACGACUGGAGAGACGGCCGUAUUCAAGGCUGGGCCAAUGCACCAGUCCUUCCCGUCGUCUCGGCGGAUACUCCUGGAGCCAACAUCGAGCCUGGUGUCGACACCACCAAGAUUGUCACCGAGUGGGCCAAGGAGUUCAGCAUUGAAGGUCUUUGGGGCAACGGACAGGGUGACGAUGAGGAGAUGGCUGAGUAA